CUCGUGCUUUCCCACUUUUUGAUUUCGAUCUUCACCGUCUCUUUCUCCUCUGCUCUGUCUGCCAGUUACUGAUUCUUCGACUGAAUACAAUGCCUUCCCACUUUGACACACUCCAAAUCCACGCAGGCCAAGAGAAGCCUGACUCGGCUACCAACGCUCGCGCUGUUCCGAUCUACGCAUCAACGUCCUUUGUGUUCAACGACUCGGCUCAUGGCGCCCGUCUGUUCGGCCUCGAGGAAGCGGGCAACAUUUACUCGCGCAUCGGAAACCCCACCGUCGCUGUUUUCGAGAACCGAAUCGCUGCUCUUGAGGGUGGUGUUGCUGCUGUAGCUGCUAGUUCUGGACAGGCUGCUCAGUUCAUGGCAAUCUCCGCAUUAGCCGAAGCUGGCGAUAACAUUGUGUCGACUUCAUUUCUCUAUGGCGGCACCUACAACCAAUUCAAGGUGUACUUCAAGAGAAUCGGCAUCGAGACUCGCUUCGUCUCGGGCGACAGCGCUGAAGAUUUCGACAAGGUGAUUGAUGCAAAGACAAAGGCAGUGUACGUCGAAAGUAUAGGAAACCCAAAGUACAACAUUCCCGAUCUUGAGAAGAUCGCGGCUGUUGCACACAAGCACGGUGUGCCGCUCGUCGUUGAUAACACGUUUGGUGCGGGUGGAUAUUUGAUCAACCCAAUCAAAUAUGGUGCUGACAUUGUCGUGCACUCUGCGACAAAGUGGAUCGGAGGCCACGGAACUACGAUCGGAGGCGUUGUCAUUGACGGCGGAAAUUUCCCCUGGUCAAAAUACCCUGAGCGCUUCCCUCAGUACUCUGAGCCCUCGGCUGGUUAUCACGGAUUGAAGUUCUCCGAAGCUCUCGGUGACAAGAACGCGUUUGCAGCACAGCUGCGUCUCGAGGUUCUCCGCGACGCAGGCGCGACACUGAACCCUUUUGCAGCAUUCUUGCUCUUGCAAGGUCUCGAGACACUCUCGCUGAGAGUCGAUCGACAUGUCUCGAACGCUCUCGCUCUCGCGCGCUACCUCGAGAAGUCGCCUUACGUUUCGUGGGUCUCGUAUCCCGGUCUUGAGAACCACCCUUCGCAUGAACUUGCAAAGAAGUACCUCAAGAACGGAUUCGGUGCUGUUCUCUCAUUCGGUGCCAAGGGAGGCCCUGAGGCAGGCGCUCAGGUCGUCGACUCUCUCAAGUUGGCCUCUAAUCUGGCCAACGUGGGUGAUCUCAAGACGCUCGUUAUCGCGCCAUACUUUACCACGCACCAGCAGCUAAGCGAGGAAGAGAAGCUGGAAAGUGGUGUCACAGCUGAUCUGAUCCGUGUGGCGGUCGGCGCCGAAUUUAUUGAUGACAUUAUUGCCGAUUUCGAGCAGGCGUUCAACGCUGUGGCCGAGACGUCAAAAAACUGAGUUUUGAAGGAGUUUCGGAUCCUUUGAGUCAUGGUUAAAGUGAUGAAGCCACGAAUCUCAGCUGAUGUGAACCGUUUGUAUGUACGAUCGUUAUAAGAAAAAGCAAUAGGAAGCUCGGAUGAUAUCUACAAAGAAAGCCGAGCAGCUCGCGAGCAUAU